GCUGCUGUAAGUAUGGGCACUCCUAUCAUGAGAGCAGAAUGGAUUUAUGCUGCUUGGGAAAGGAGAAAUGCAAUUGAUUUUCGUGUUACCGAUGAAGUGUUUCGAAAUGAGUUCAAAGUGCCCCCAUUUCAAGACUGUGUGCUAUCUUUCCUGGGAUUCCCAGAUGAAGAACUCCGAAAUAUGGAAGAAAUGACUGAAAUGCAAGGAGGAAGAUACUUGCCUCUUGGUGGUGAAGCAUGCACUCACCUUGUGGUGGAGAAUACAAUAAAACAGCUGCCAUUUGAACCCACCAAAAAACUGUUUGUUGUAAAACAGGAG